CAUUUUAGAGGUAAAGUUCCAACGGAGAGGUCAAAAUGAAGACAUCUCUUACUUUGGCUUUCUUUGCCUUUGUACUCGCUGUUGGCUUGUCAGUCGCGGUACCUGAAAAUGAGUUUGCCGAGAUAGCAGAUGAAUUUGAAGCAGAAAAACUUCGGGGCGGAUACGACAUGAAAGCGAACGAGGGAGAGUUCGACGAGGAAGACCUAGAGGACGAGGAUAUGGUAAUCCCUGCAAUUGAAAAUGAUAUGGUAACCGAAGACGAGCAGUUUGACGAAAGAGCAUUCGACAAUGACGAUGAUGGAGACGACGUUAGUGACGAAGAUGACGUAAGCGCAGUAGAAAAGUCAGCUGACCCCAUUCGCUUUAGACGCGUUACACGCAGAUUGGGACGUAGAGUCAGACGUCUUAUUCGUCGUCGUCGUCCUCGGCCAUUUCGUCGUGUUCGUCGAAUAAUUCGUCGUGUUCGUCGUCGAUUUCGUCCUUUUCGCGGUUAACAAAGACCAUUUAAGUGAAGGCCUUGAUGAAUGCUAACCGUCAAAAAGGGAGCCGUCAACCAUGGAGAACUUGGGACAGCGGUAAAACAGCUCUUUACGCUAAAGAAUAUUGUGAUACUUCUAGAAUGCAAAAGUCCAGCUGCUGUCAAAAUAUAAUUGAAGGGAAAUAAUAGCCGACGAAAAAAUUGUGAUUUGCUUUAAGCUCGCGCGGAUUUGAUUAAAAUAAACCAA